CAUCCCUCAUCUUCCAUCUUCCAUCUUCAUCUUCGUCUUCAUCUCAGUCCAGCGUCGUCUCCAUUGUUUUGCUUUCGUCUGCAACUUCCUCCCCCAUGGCUGAGAAGCAAGGCCACCUCAAUGGCACCUACUACGGCCCCGCCGUGCCCCCCAAGCAGCACUCCUACCUCCGCCCUGGCCGCGGCGGGGGCUGCGCCUGCGGCUGCGGCUGCUGCCUGCUCAAGCUCAUCUUCGACCUCGUCCUCACCGUGGUCGUCGCCGUUGGCCUCCUCGCCCUCAUCUUCUGGCUCAUUUUCCGCCCAAACCUCGUCAAGUUCCACGUCACCGACGCCGAGCUCACCCAGUUCAACCUCACCACCGGCAACACCCUCCUCAACUACAACCUGAAGCUCAACCUCACCAUCCGGAACCCGAACCGCCGCAUCGGGAUCUACUACGACCGGAUCGAGGCGCGGCCGUUGUACGCGGGCCAGCGCUUCGACUCCCAGUAUCUGACCCCGUUCUACCAGGGCCACAAGAACACCACGACGCUUAGCCAAGCGUUCGAGGGCCAGCAGGUGGUGGUGCUCGGAUCGGGCGGGCUCAGCGACUUCAACUCCGAGACGGCGGCCGGGGUGUACGACAUCGACAUGAGGCUGUACCUGAGGGUGCGGUUCAAGCUUGGCAGGAUCAAGACGUUCCGCAUCAAGCCGAGGAUCAAGUGCGGGUUGAAGGUCCCUCUGAGCUCCUCGUCAUCGUCAGCGGCCACCGCCUUCCAGACCGAGAAGUGCGACAUCGACUGGAGGAUCUUUAGAUGAUCAUUCUACGGGCGAUGCAUUGAGUGUUUUCUUGGGCGUCUCUUAGUUCUUGGUCAUGUUGAUUAUAUUGCUUACGUUAUUCUUUCAUUAUCGGCGCAUUAGGACGUUUGAUUUGGCCGUGGCCUCCUAUGCUUCUGGUAUAUACGGAUACAUACUUGUAUUGAUGUUCAUGCUUUGGUAUAUAAAUAGAGGAACUCACUGAGUUCGAUUUUCAUA